UGUGAUACAAUGUGUUUAUAAGGAUUUUAAGAAGUGGUACAUGGAAACAUUACAGUAACUCUUAUUCAACAUGGCGAAAUCUAAUGUUCCUUUUCUGUCUUUCACGUGUUCUUUAGAUGGCUUAAAAUCGUCCACAUUCAUUUCCUGGAAAUAACUUAAAAGUCUUUCAGAUACUCAGACUAAAAGCUAAGAUACGUACAGUAACGUAACUGAGAAGAACGCAAGCCUAAUAAUGCCAGAAGCGCAUGUAGGCUGCAAUCAAUGGUUAGCCAAGUAAUAUGAUCAAAAAGAACAAGAAACAAUAAACGAGAAUUAAAUCUACACAAAUUUAAAAACCAUCGGUGUUCCAAACGGGUGACUGAAUUGGAUACGACAGAGGGAAGUGAAAUGGACUGCGAAUAUAAAUCGAUUAUCAGCCGCAUCUGGACCGUCUGCAUUUAAUUUAUAUAACGGAACUAACGAUGGCAGCAUCAAGUAACUCCAGUUUGUCUGGUUCUUCUAUGUCCUCUGAUGUAGAAGAUUACCAGCCGCCAAUAUGGAAAUCGUACUAGAUUCUCACUUCAGGCUCAUCUGUCUGCAGCCUCCAGACGAUUGGCAGCCUUCCUCCACUUAUCGCAACUGCAAAGCUCAAGUUCCAAGUCAUGCCAAGUUAUUUAAACUUCACUAUCUGCAUCUACCCAAGGAAGUGUACCAGUUGCAGCAAGCAGCCCCAAGACCCAAGAGGAUUAUUUGCCACCGAGAGGUUGAGAAGAGGCCAAAGUAUUAUGGAAGAGAGUUUCAUGCAAUGAUUUCUAGGGAGCAAGCUGAAGAGCUCCUGGGUGAGGCAGAGGGUGCCUACCUCAUCAGGGAAAGCCAGAGGCAGCCUGGCUCAUACACACUGGCUUUACGGUUUGGCAAUCAAACCUUAAAUUACAGGUUGUUCUAUGAUGGAAAACACUUCGUAGGUGAGAAGAGGUUCGAGUCAAUCCAUGACCUGGUAACCGAUGGAUUGAUAACACUUUACAUUGAGACAAAAGCUUCAGAAUAUAUUUCAAAGAUGACAACCAAUCCUAUUUAUGAACACUCUGGCUAUGCAACACUGCUCAGAGAAAAGAUGACGAGAAGUCCUAGUAAACCAAGACAAGACUUCAAGAAGGUUUCAUUCCUCAAGGAAGACAGUAACUCUGUGGAAAAGGUUACGUCCCUGGUCAAGAGGGCUGCAAUAAAGGAAAAUGAAAAUAAUUUUAACUAUGAGAAGGCUCACAACUUUAAGGUCCACACGUUUCGAGGUCCACACUGGUGUGAAUACUGUGCCAACUUCAUGUGGGGAUUAAUUGCUCAGGGAGUCAGAUGUUCAGAUUGUGGGCUGAAUGUGCACAAACAGUGUUCCAAAUAUGUUCCAAAUGACUGUCAGCCAGACCUGAAGAGAAUAAAGAAAGUGUACAGCUGUGAUCUGACUACACUGGUGAAGGCACACAACACACAGAGACCUAUGGUGGUGGACAUGUGCAUUCAAGAAAUAGAAAAAAGAGGUUUGAAAUCUGAGGGGCUUUACAGAGUUUCUGGGUUCACUGAACACAUUGAAGAUGUUAAAAUAGCCUUCGAUAGAGAUGGUGAUAAGGCUGACAUCUGUGCUAACACGUACUCAGACAUCAACAUAAUUACAGGAGCACUUAAGCUGUAUUUCCGAGACCUACCAAUACCAGUGAUUACUUAUGAUGUUUAUUCCAAAUUUAUUGAGGCAGCAAAAAUAAUUCAUUCAGAAGCAAGAUUAGAAGCUAUUCAUGAUGCCCUUCUGAUGCUGCCCCCUGCACAUUAUGAGACACUUCGUUAUUUAAUGACUCAUCUGAAAAGGGUAACAUUAUAUGAAAAGGAUAAUUUCAUGAAUGCCGAAAACCUUGGAAUAGUGUUUGGACCAACGUUAAUUCGGCCUCCAGAUCAGAACACUCUUACCACCUUGAAUGACAUGAGAUACCAGAAGUUAAUUGUUCAGCUUUUAAUUGAAAAUGAAGAUGUGCUAUUUUAAAAAAAAGGAAAUGUGCCACAUCCACUAGAUUCUCUGCUGAAAUGGAGUAAAUGAUGUGCUGCAAAUCAUUCUGAAUGUUUGUUCUGCAGUUGUGCAGAUGAAUACCAGUAUUGCUUCUCUGUCUUAUAGACAUACCUCUGUGAAGUUGAGGUUGAGAAGUGGCCUUCUGUAUUUUAUAUUUUAAUGGCACAGAAUAAGUAGCCUGGAUUUUGCUGUUCUUAUGUUUUGCAUGUUAUCCAUAUGUAUGUGCAGUAGGACAAGGAAAUAGAUAAAUUGCACUAAAUCAAAUUAUUUGUGAGAGAUUUAUAAUCUUUGUUAAAUAUGGUUUGUGUACUUGGCAGUAAAUAUUUUAAUUUAAUUUAAAAAAAUAUAUUUUAUAGUUUUUACAGGAUGUAAUUACAUUUCAGAACAUGUAAGAGGCUAUACAGUGUGGUGAAAAAAUAAGUACAUCCCCUUAGGACUUUAUGGAUAAUAGAUAAAACUAACCUCAUUUUACAUACAAUAUAAUGCAACAAAAUUGUACUUUUAAAAAUUAUUAUUUUAAAAAUCAGACAGCUACCACAGCUUUGUGUGAAAAAGUAAGUACACCCCUUGAUUCAGUUACCUGUGGCACCACUUUUAGCAGCAAUGACUUGAAUUAAAUGUUAAGAGUUGAUCACUCACUCACAUUGAAUUCUAGCCCACUUCCUUACAUAACUGCUUCAAUCUCUUUAUAUGCACAACUUUCUUUAGGUUCUACCACAACAUAUUUAUAGGAUUUAGAUCUGAACUUUGACUUGGCUAUUCCAUAACUUGAAUUUCCUCUUAUUGAAAUAUUUUAAUGUAAAUUUACUUUUGCAUGUUGGAUCAUUGUUCUAUUGCGUGAUCCACUUUCUGUUCAAGUUUAGUUGUUGGGCACAUGGUCUAACAUUUUUCACUAGAAUACUCUGGUAAAGUGUGGAAUUCAAACUACACCCAUAAGGCAUCCAGAUCCUGAGACAGGAAAGCAGGCCCAAUCCAACAGGUGUUACAUGCUUGGUUGUUAUGAGGUUCUUCUGGUCAAAAGCAGUGUUUAGUUUUUGCCAAACAUGAUGUUUGAUUUAUGGCCAAACAACUCCACUUUUGAAUCAGUCCAGUGCAAAAUGUUGCAGAAAUCUUGUUUUUCAUUUAUGUGCUGUUUUGCCAGCUUUAGCCAUGCCGCAAUGUUCUUCUUGGAGAGCUUGGAGAGCAGAGGUUUCUCCCUGGCUAUCCUUCCAUGAAAGCCAUUCUUAUUCAAUGUUUUCCUGAUGGUGGAUUCUGACACUAUUGCAAGAGAGACAUGUAGAUACCUGAAUGUAACCUUGGGGUUCUUUGAGAUUUCUUGGUGCAUUAUAUGAUCAGAUCUUGGAGAGAAUUUGGUAGGAUUGUCACUCCUGAGUAAAUUGGCAAUGGUGUUGAAUUUUGACCAUUUGUAGAAUAUUGUUCUUAUCAUGGAAUGAUGAACUUUGUAUUGUUGGAAAUGGCUGUAUAACCCUUCCCAGAUUGAUAAGCAACAACUAAAUAUGAAGUCUAUAAGACUGUCACAGAUUUCUUUUGAUCUGGGCAUGAUGUGUUACCACAAACCUGAGAGCUUAAAAUCAAACUAACAAAGUUUCUGAUUUUAUAUACAUGUAGAAAUCGCUUCCUAAAGAUGAACUAAUCAUUUGCACCAUGUUUUGUUAGACCUCAUUCUACAUUCCCUAUUAAUUGAGAUUGUAGAACUAAUGCAUGACUUUUUCACACAAAGAUAUUGAAUACUUUCUGAUUUUUUUUAAAUAUUGAAAAACUAUAAAAUAUUUUAUUAAAGGGGGUGUAAUUACUUUUUAACCACAGUGUAAAUUAGUUGUGGAUUAUUUAAAUUAAUUGUAAAUUAGUUCUAAGUACAACAGUAAGUCCAUAGGAUGUUUUUAGUUUAUUCUUUCUUUUCAAAAGUUACCUUCUUUAUUAUCUCUUAUUUAAAAUUGAAUUUUUUUUCUUCUGAAUUUAUAAACCUGUUUAUUCGAAAUACAGUUGAUAACUAAAACCGAUAUCGGAGACUAUGUAUGAAAGAAUGAUUUUCAGAAUUGUUUAUUUUACGUUAUCCAUGAAAUAAUGCAUUUAAUUGCUCACAUGUAGUAAACUAAGAGGAUUGGUGCACAGGGUUACAUCUGUAUAUUCAGAUAUGAAGACUUUCAAGCACUUUCUUCCAUUGGUAAUUUUAAUGAACUGAAGUGAAAGAGAAAAUAUUUUAAUUUGUGAUUUGCAUAAUUCUAAUACAGUAUUUUCACUGUUCUGCGAUAUACCUAUUUAAUCAUUUGACAGUACAAUUUAAUAUGUGUCAUUGAUAAACAGUUUCCAUACUAGCCUCAAGGUAAAGCAGUAGAACAUUCUAGAUACCUGCUGGAAGUUUGUCCUUUAGAAUGGCAGCAGUUUUUUUUAGAUGUUUCUUAUUUUAUAAGAUGUUAGCAUAUCUGGUAUAACUCCACAAUUAUAAACAAAUGCAGUAAGUCCAAGUGUGAACCAUUUGUCUACUUGCAUUUUUCUGACAUAUUCUUGUAAACGUUUUAAAAAGCUGGCUUCACAAAAAUAAAUAUACAGUAUGAACGUACAAUUCCAGUAUUAUUUUGCUACGGGUAUAAUACAGAUAAUCUAAACUGUCCAAAUGUUAAAAUUAAGUUUUGGAUGGACAACUGCUGGAAUAUUUCUCACAUACAUAAUUAUAAUUAUGUUAAGAAUUAAUUAUAAAUCACUCAAUAAAAGGAGAGAGUCCACAAUAUUUAAAACUUUAAACAUAGGUAAAUCUUUUGUGAAACACUUGUUAAACCACUAAUUACAAGCAUCACAAAAAACAAUGAUGUGUUAUGCUCUGUUUUGCGUAUAUGAAAAACUUGAGGUUUUGUUGAGAGAAUCAAUGCUUUAUUCAGUUUAUGGAAACUAAAUUUGAAAUUUAAGCUUUAAAACUGCAGUGCUAAUGAAAAUAUUUGUCCCACCUGACUAUGAGCACAGAAAAUAAAGUGGAAACAGUUUUCGGAUCCUUAAUAUUGAAGUGAAAUGUGGUCCAAACAGAAGACAUACAGUAUUUGUUUGAUAGAACAUGUUUGAAUAAAACCCUAUUUGGGAAACAAGA